AUGAGCAACCACAACGGCGACCUCGAGAAGGACUUUUCGAACCGCAACGCCGGCCACCAGCACCUCGACAACAGCAUGGACGAGGACCUCGCGCUGCGCCACAUCCGCACCGCGGGCAGCAUCUCCAUCACGCCCGAGCUGUUCGAGAAGCUGUACCUGUCGCCCAAGAACGACGUCAAGGGCGAGCUGCGCAAGACGUUUGGCAACCCCACGCCGCUUGCGCUCGUCGGCUUCCUCCUCUCUCUCACGCCGCUCAGCUGGACGCUGAUGGGCUGGCGCGGCGCGGGAGGUAGCGGGUCCGCGAGUAUCGGGUGGUACUUUUUCGCCGGCGGGCUGCUGAUGGUGCUUGGUGGUGUUGGUGAAUGGAUCCUGGGCAACACCUUCCCCUUCGUCGUCUUCACCUCGUUCGGCGCCUUCUGGCUCGGCUACGGCGCCACGCUGGUCCCCGAGUACGGCGCGUACGGCAACUACGCGGAUCCGGCGACGCAGGGCAGCACGGGGCUGGAGAGCGUGGGGUUUAAUGUUGGGAUUGCCUACUUCAUGAUCGCCAUGGGCCUCCUCUGCACCGUCUACCUGAUCUGCUCGCUCCGCACAAACCUCGUCUUCUUCCUCAUCUUCUUCACCUUAAUCCCCGCCUUCGGGCUGCUCGCAGGCACCUUCCUCAACCUGGCCCAAGGCAACGCCGCAGUCGCCGCAAAGUGCCAGGAAGCCGCGGGCGCGUUUGCGUUUGUUACGUGUCUGCUGGGGUGGUAUAUUUUCCUCGCGAUUAUGCUGGCGAGUGUGGAUUUUCCGCUGUCGUUGCCGAUUGUGGAUCUCUCGGGGAUGAUUAAGGGGGCGAGUGAGAAGCAGAAGGUGGAUCAUAUGGAGUAG